AUGUGGGUUAAUGUGGGGGUUAUUGUGUGGGUUUCUGUGUUGUUAAAUGUGGGUGUUACUGUGUCGGUAACUUUGUGGGUUGCUGUUUGUGAUUGUAUGUUUCUGUGUGAUGAAGGUUUCUUCUGUUUGUUCCCAGCGCAAGACUGUGCUUGGUCCAAUGAGGGCUGUACCGAGGAUUCCGAGUGCUGUAGUAAGUCUUGUCAUAGAGCCCACGAGGGGACCAACCCGCGGUGUCGUCACAGUACCCUGGGAGAAAAGUGUGUCUUUGAUUAUCAUUGCCAGGAUACGCUGACCUGCGGUGUCCACUACAACUGCUGCUCCCCCUACUGGAAGAUGUGCAUCAAAGAUUCUGACUGCUGUGAUCAUGAACACGUCUGCCGUGCCGCAGAGGGCUUUCUGUAUGAUCGCUGCUUGUAUCCAAGUUCAGGUGGUCUCACACCUGAACACUGCAACAUCCUCUCAACCACUUCCAUAAUUUGUACAGUGUUAAUAAUUUGGUUGGGUCAGUUCGCUGGUGAGGGUUAA